AUGGACGGGGACGAAAAUUUACCAAGAGCAACUGUUGGUGCAUUUGUUAAAGAAAAUUUAGAUGGCAUGAAAUGUUCAAAUGAAUUUAUAGAGUUUAUUUUGCGUGUUUCAAGAGAAUAUAUUAGUGUGAUUGCAGAUGAAGCAAAUAAGAUAUGCCUACAGGAAGGGAAAAAAACGAUAGCACCUUAUUAUAUCUAUCAAGCUUUAAAAAAAUAUAACUUAGAUUCUUAAAUAGAGGAGCUAGAAUAAGCCAAACAGACAUUCUCAGAAGAAAAUCAUAAAGCUUAAAAUGAAAUAUAUAAAAAUCCAGAAAUGGUAUAAUAACUCAUAAGAGCUUAAGAACAGCUAUUUGAAUAAUCAAGAAAUAAAACUGAACCACAAAAGUAGUAACUAAAUGUAUUAUUAUCAGGAGAAGAUUAUAAAGAUUUUGCAGAUAUAACAAAGAAGUCAGAUUUUAUUGGUUUAACAAGUACAUAGAGCAAAGAGAGCCUUAAUAAAUAAAGCGAAUUAGAAGAUGAAGAUGAUGAUUAUUAAUGA